GUGUUUACAAACGGCAGCGCUGAUGCGAUCUGGUUGGUCUCGUUCUGGCGGAGGGUGAUUUCAUAUCAGGAAAACUGGGAGCGGGUGGCUGCGGGGCGGUGCUGGGGCUGCCCGCCCUCCAGGGGUGGUGCUGGGGCGGCGGAGCGGCCCGGAGGAGGAGGAAGAUGAGAAGAAGAAAGAAGGAUGCUGCUGCUGCUGCUGCUGCUGCUGCUGGCUGUGCCGCCGAGGCAGACGGCAGAGCUGCAGCUGAGGCUGCGGGAACCCAUCGGGGCGGUAAGCCCAGCCUUCCUCUCUCUUACACUGGACGCCAGCUUGGCCCGUGACCCGCGCUUUGUUGCCCUGCUCAGACACCCCAAGCUGCACACUCUGGCCAGUGGGCUCUCCCCAGGCUUCCUGAGGUUUGGAGGCACUAGUACAGAUUUCCUGAUCUUCAAUCCCAAACAAGAUUCAACUUGGGAAGAGAAAGUCCUAUCAGAACUUCAGGCCGAGAGUGAUGUGUGCAGAUCAUGGCCCAGCUCUGCUAUGGUUCCAGAGCUGUUGCUCACUCAGUGGCCCCUCCAGGAGAAACUGCUCCUUGCUGAACAUUCCUGGAAAAAGCACAAAAACACCACCAUUACAAGAAACACACUGGACAUCCUCCACACAUUUGCCAGCUGCUCAGGCUUCCGCCUGGUGUUUGGACUGAAUGCACUGCUGCGCAGGGCCGGCCUGCAGUGGGACAGCUCCAACGCCAAGCAGCUGCUGGGCUACUGCGCACAGCGCAGCUACAACAUCUCCUGGGAGCUGGGCAAUGAGCCCAACAGCUUCAGGAAGAAGUCGGGCAUCUACAUCGAUGGCUUCCAGUUGGGACGCGAUUUCAUCCACCUGCGGCAGCUCCUGAGCCAGCACCCCCUGUACCGACACGCUGAGCUGUAUGGCCCCGACGUGGGGCAGCCCCGCAAGCACACCCAGCACCUGCUCAGAAGCUUCCUGAAAUCCGGAGGGAAGGCGAUUGACUCUGUCACCUGGCACCACUACUAUGUGAAUGGCCAAAGUGCAACAAGGGAGGAUUUCCUGAGCCCUGAUGUGCUGGAUUCCUUUGCCACAGCCGUACGCGAUGUCCUGGAGAUUGUGGAAGCAACAGUUCCCGGUAAGAAGGUAUGGUUGGGUGAGACCAGCUCAGCAUAUGGCGGGGGAGCCCCCCAGCUAUCCAACACAUAUGUGGCCGGCUUCAUGUGGCUGGACAAGCUGGGGCUGGCAGCUCAACGUGGCAUUGACGUGGUGAUGAGGCAGGUCUUCUUUGGUGCUGGCAGCUAUCAUCUGGUGGACGGCAGCUUCAAGCCCUUGCCGGACUAUUGGCUGUCACUGCUAUAUAAGAAACUGGUGGGCACCCGGGUACUGGAGGCCAGCGUGGAGCAAGCGGACGCACGGCGCCUGCGGGUCUACCUGCACUGCACCAACCCCCAGCACCCCAAAUACCGAGAAGGGGAUGUAACACUGUUUGCCUUGAACCUCUAUAACGUGACCCAGCGCUUGCAACUGCCUAAGCAGUUGUGGAGUAAGAGCGUGGAUCAGUACCUGCUGCUGCCUCACGGCAAGGACAGCAUCCUGUCCAGAGAGGUGCAGCUGAAUGGCCGCCUACUGCGGAUGGUGGACGAUGAGACACUCCCCGCACUGCACGAGAUGGCCCUUGCCCCUGGCAGUGUGCUUGGCCUGCCAGCCUUCUCUUACGGUUUCUACGUGAUCAGGAACGCUAAGGCUAUUGCUUGCAUUUGAGCACGCAGAGUAACAGGGCUCACCAUGCGGUGCCACUUGUUUUUGCCAGGUAGGGAGAUUGUGGUCACAGGCUGGAGAAAGCCAGGUCACCAGAAAGGCUUCGGCAUCCUAAGAGCAAUACUUGUGGGGUUUGCAUUCCUCCUUCUGGGGAAGCAGCCCAUUUGGGACAAAAUUGCCUCACAGCAGCUUUUUUUCACCUGUAUAAGGUGAGUUCCCACCAGUGCAGCUGGUUCUCUUGGAAGUAUGCAACUCGCACCACCAGCAGCGCCUUACAGUGUUCAGAACACAGCAGGGAGAAAACUAACAUGCAUCAUACUUCCCUUCUUUGAGCUUUAAAAUGAUGCUACCGGCUUAGUGUGGUUUCAAGGCAAAGGAGUGGCUUGUAGUUCGCAUGAAGGCUUUACAGCAACAAGCAAGUUGAUGUUCUUUGGAACUGUGAUCAAAAAGG